GAAUUGUUUCAACUCGCACAGUUUGCCAAAUAAUAGUCGUGUUUCAGAGACAAAUAAUGUGUUCGAUUUAUUGAACUAUAUUUUGGGACAUUUUGAAAUCAAGAGAACUGUGUCCUACUAGGUUCCAUAUUUCAAUCAUCAGAUAAUGUUAACAGGUUAAAAUAGACUUCUAUUAUGAAAUAAUGCCUCAAUUUAAAAGCAAGUGCGGUAGCAUACCACACAGAUGCUGAUAGCAGACACAACUUUUGGUAUCGUGGAAUUCUUAUUGGGUUUCUUUUGCUGACUUGAACUUCUCCAAGAUUUGCAUCAACCAAUUUUCUACAAUAUUCCAUUCCCUUGGAUAUUGCUUGGACCCCGGCAUACGUGCUUUCGAAUGAAUUCUCUCUUUAUUUAAAAAUGGCGACAAUUUUUUACGAAUGCAUGAGUGGAAUAUUCAGUUCCUCAUGUUAUUUUGUGAUCUAUGGAUUUUUGGUUUACGUCACAAUUCCGCUGAUUUUCAAGAUUUAUCCAAAAAUCGUCUUUGAAGGAUUAUUUCUCAACAGAGUCUGCCCACCUGUAUGGUUACUGAAGCUGAACAAACCAGACAAAGCCUACAAUCUUAAAGAGAGCAAGAACUGCUAUGUGAAGUCUUCGAGUGGAAGUACUUUAGGCGUUUGGCAUAUUCCGCCAGUCACUCAGUACGAUACUCCAGAGGUCAAAUCAGGGUCAUUACAAGACGCUGAGAAAAUCAUCAUUUAUUGCCAUGGCAACUCGUUUCAUCGUGGUUUCAAGCAUCGAAGAGAUUUAUAUUCAGAGCUGCAGAAAUCAGGAUUCCACAUCAUAGCUUUUGACUACAGUGGAUUUGCGGACUCUACCGGUCAGCCGAGCCCAAGAGUCGUGGAGGAUGCAAUUAGCGUGUAUAAGUGGACGGUCAAGCAGCUCCAGAAAGAAGAUGUGACAAUCGUGCUUUGGGGUCAUUCACUCGGCACUUACAUCAGCACGAGGGCGCUAUCGCUCAUGUACGACCAGAAAGAUGGCACUCGACUCCCUGACUGUCUGAUACUUGAAGCUCCGUUCACGAAUACAUAUGAUGCCGCAGACUGCUUCCCACUAUCUAAGUAUUUCUAUCUGCUCUAUCCCUUCAUGAGGUCUCAAGUUCACAAGAAUAUCAAACAAUAUGACGUAGAGCUCAGGACGGAGAAGUAUCUGCCGACAAUAAAGGCUCCUGUUAUGAUCCUACAUGCUAAAGAUGAUCAGAGAAUCGACAUUCAUCUCGGUGAGACUCUGUACAAAAAGACGACCUCUGACCCCAUGACAAAAUCUCCUUACAUUCGUUUCAUUCGAAUGCACGAAGAUUACGGAGUGAAGCAUUACACUGCUAAGCAUCCUGAGAUAAGGCAGUUAGUGCAUGAUUUCAUGGCUGAGGUAGCAAAGGUGAAAGGUGAUCAGGAACAAGGAAGUAAAAAUAGAUUUGAAUUGAUAGAUAUUUAA